CCGAAAAUGAUUUUCUAACGGAGCUUCAAAAUUUCAAAAAAUAUGCCCAAAAUGUCUAGUUAUUGUCAGAGAACCCCAAAAUGUCUUCGUACUUCUGGGAUGAUCCAAUAACAAUACUCUACCUUAUCAUCGCCUUUUUAGUGCUGGACAAUUUAUGGGCCAUUUAUUUGCUGCUGCGGGACAUACACGUGGCCUACAACGUGCACACGGUUCCGACUGUGAUCAGUCCCUAUUUGCCGCAGGACCUCUACGACAAGAUGCGGGUCUACAAGAUCCACAAGGGCUGGUUCACUAUUGUCAACACCCUGCUUACGGUGGUCAUAAUGGGUGUCCUGGAGCUAUACUUCGGCUUCUACGCCUGGCUGUAUGGAGUGGCCGGCCAGUGCGCCAUGGCCAAGUGGAUGGAGCACGAGGCUUGUGUCUCCGUGAUCUUCGUGCUCCUGUUGAGCGUGUACUUUUGGCUAAAGACCGUUCCGGCCAUGAUCUACGAAAAGUUGUGUAUCACAAGUUUGCAGCCCAAGGCAAAACAAUCAUGGCUUGCUCGCGUCUGCCACUUUGCCGUUGACCUGAUUUUGGGAACUGCGGUUACCAUCGUGGUGGUGCUCGCCUUGGUGUACAUGUUUUUGGCCAUGGGAGCAUACGCUCCGCUGGGUCUGUACGGGCAAACGGUGAUCCUGACCUUCACCAUCGUCCUGCUGAUUCCAUUUCUGAUCGAUCCCUUCGUGGGCAAGCGUGUGCCGCUGGAGAACUCGAGCCUGCGCACCCAACUGGAGCAGCUCACGCGGACGGUGGGCUUCCCCAUGCGGCAGGUGUACAUCAUCCGAGUGCACGACCCGAAUACGGGGAGCAAUGCCUUUUUCUACGGCUGCUGCUGCCUGAAGAGGAUUGUGAUAUUCGACACCCUGCUGCUGAAUAGGGGCAAGCAAGAUCUCGCCCAGGUGUCGCCGGAGGAGAUGGGCAAGGGACUGACGGAUGCUCAGGUGACUGCUGUAGUGGCCCACGAACUGGGCCACUGGAGGAAUGGGCAUUUCUAUAAAGCGAUCCUGGCGUUCCAAGUUCAUCUUAUACUGACCAUCCUAUUGUUUGCGGCCUUGUUCACCCAUGGACCCAUCUACCAGGCGGUGGGAUUUGCUCCCGGCCUGCAGCCCAUCGUCGUUGGGUGCUUCAUCAUCUUCGGCUUCGUGAUGACUCCUUACAUGACGCUGGCCAACUUCUGCAUGCUGUCCAUCACGCGCUGCUUCGAGUACCAGGCAGACAGGUUCGCCUACCGCCUCGGAUACUCCAGAGAUCUCGGCCAGGCGCUGCUCAAGCUGUAUGCGGAUAACCUGGCCUUCCCCGUCUCGGAUUCGUGCUACUCCAGCUGGAACCACACGCACCCCACCAUGCUGGAUCGUUUGGAUCAUCUGGAUGAGCUGCGACGUUAGGCGUUAUAUUUAUUUCGGUUAUAUUUGCUCAAACACAGUAGGUUCUGAUUGAGUUAUCCUGCCUGGCUAUUAUAGAUAUAUAUUUAACAA